AUGAGUUCAGCCAAUCCUUUUCUUUCAUCAACAGCUUAUCACGCUUCGAAUGCUCGAUAUGCUAGUUCACAAACACCAUCAACAUCGACAUCAUCUUCAUUUAAUAUUCUUUCGACUAGUGUUCAACAACAAUUAAAUGAUUUAAAUUCUACACGUUCAUCUACAUCUUCUUGCUCAACAUCUCAUUGUUUAAGUAAUCAGUGUAUUGAAUGCACAACCAUACUUUCAACAAGACCCUCACAAUCAAGAUGUAAUCUGAAUUCUUAUAUUGAUCAAUCAUCAAAUUCGCCUCAUUUUGUACAAAAUUGUUCGUGUGUAUCAAAUUCAACAUUAGACACUCAUUCACAAAUAUCAACUUUUGAUGAUCAGCAAUCAACAAGAAUUUUAUCUAUGAAUAUUCCAGUCGAUAAUAGUAAUAAUAAUAAUAAUCAUCGAAACGAAAAUCCAAUAAAUUCUUCGUCAUUAAAUAUCGAAAUUGAAGAAGAAGAAGACGAUGAUAAUGAUCAAAGGAUUCAUUUAUUAAAUGAAUAUAAUGAUCAAAAUGAACAAUUAGAAGUUUUCGUUGGUUUCUAUCGGCCAGGAGAAUAUCAACGUGAAACAAUUGAAGAUGAUGACGAUGAUGAUGACGCUAGUAAAACGAGCUAUAAAUCAGAUUCGCAAAAAAAAGAAGAACAGUCAACUCGAGAAUUGAUCAGUGAUGAAGAUGAAGGCAACGAAGAUCAAGAUUUUAUUGAUGAAGAUCUAUGUCCGAAUCAGGAUGAUGAUAAUGAUCAACAACAAGCAGAUGAUGACAUAAUAAAUGACGAACAAUUGAAUCCAAAUAUUCCUAAUAAUGAUCAUCAACCGUUUGAACAAAAUCCAUUUCCCAUUGUUAUUGUGCAAAUAGAUGAAGAUGAAGAUCAAGGUUUCGGUGCACAAUUUAAUGAUGAUUGUCAAUCAAGUGACGAUGAAAAUAAUCAUUUAUCAACAAUAUCAUUAAACAAUGAUAACAACGAAAAUGAAAAUGAAUUAAUCUAUACGAAAAAGAAACCUCUACAGCAUUCACAAUCAGAUUCAGCAUUAAACAAAUGUCAAUAUCAUACAUUUUUUUCUUUACCAUCGUUAUCGAUAAAUUCACGAAGUCGAUAUGAAAAAAUCGAACAUAUUAUUAUUGAUGAUCAACAGCCAACAACAACAAUGUCGAAUUUAAUUAUUAAAAAGAAACAAAAUGACGAUAAUGAUUAUUUAUUUUUACGAAAGAAAAAACUUCUAAGAAAAUCAUCAGAAGAAAUUAUGGUAGUAUCAAACGAUGACUCGCUACAGGCCAUUGUUGAUGAAGCUGUUCGUGCUGUUGAACGUCAUGUUAUGCUAUGGAAUGAUGAUCAUGCUCGACAAAUAGAUAAUCUAUCGUCAAUACAACAAAUUGUGCAAUACUUUCAACUGAAUAUCGAUAUUAAUCUUGAUCAGCAAUCAAGAGUGCCAUCAAUUAGAAAAGAACUAUUACUUGAUUAUCUACAAUAUAGAAGUGAAGCUGAUAUGUCUGCAAAUGAUUUACAUGAAAAUCUUCUUCAAUAUCCAGAAUUUUCUUCUCAAAUCCAUAGUCGAUUUUUUCCAUUUUGGCCACCACGAGAUGUUGAUUUAUUACAAUGGCUUUCUCAUUGGAUUAAACAAGGUGCUCUACCUAUUGCAAUAAUGAAUAUAGAUCAUCAUAAUCAAUCUCAAAAAAUUAAUCUUUAUAGUAAACUAUCAUCUUGGCAACAUCGUAUAAUAUAUGGUAUUGAACCUCGCGGAAUAUAUUUAAUGAAUCCAAUUCAAAUUCAAUCUCCUCAACAAGUCUACGAACAAUUAACUAUUGAUUCCGUAACAUAUAUAACACGUCAAGAAAUUGCUCAACGUUAUAAUCAAUCUCCGAUGUGUUUAACACCAUUAGCAAGAAAUAAUAAUAAAUCAAGAUUAUUUUCAGAUACAAGGUGGCGUACAAUGAAUGUUCUUGGACAAGUUGUUAAUGUUCUACGUGAAGAUCGUCAAUUAAACGAAAAUGAAACACGUAAUAUUCCAUAUCGUCCAACGGUAACUCAUGUUAGAAUACCAUCAACAUGUUCAUCUGGCAUUUUAAUAUUUUCAAAAGAUUAUAAUGAAUUAAUCAAUGCGAUUGACUUGCCAUUAAGACAAUAA